AUGCCGUCUGGUGUCGAACAUUGCCGUCGGGUUUCCACUCAUGAAAUCUCCUAUGGAUUCGACGUAUUAACAGAUUCGCUCGGCCAUAAUCGAACUUCUCGAGCUGUUGACAAUCAGUAUCGUGGUGCCUACGAAAAUUCGGGAGGAGCAGUCAGCGGGGACAAAAGUGUCCAGUGCAGCCCUGGUCCACGUGGUCCUAGUGGAAACCCUGGAAAACCUGGACGACCUGGAAAACCAGGUAUUCCCGGAUUGCCAGGAAUGCCAGGGAAACCACCACAAGCGCCGUGCGAGCCGAUCACUCCACCACCAUGCAAGCCCUGUCCAGAUGGGCCGCCUGGACCUCCAGGUCUACCAGGACCAUCAGGACCAAGUGGACCGAAAGGAAAACCAGGAAUGUCUGCUGCACCAGGAGCACCAGGACCCGCUGGGCCUCCAGGACCACCAGGUCCCCGAGGGAGAGAUGGCGCGCGAGGAGAAGCGGCAGCUCCGGGACCGGGUGCUGAAACAACUUAUGCAGAAGCGGCAGAAACGGGACUACGAGGUCUUCCAGGACCACCUGGACCUCCAGGUCUUGACGGAAAAAUUGGAGACACCCAUGGUCCAGGUGCUACAGGACCACCUGGGCCUCCGGGGCCUCCUGGUCCUCGCGGCCGAGAUGGAAAUCCUGGGCCACCGGGAUUACCAGGAGAUGCAGGAAGUCUAGGAGAGAAAGGCAUCUGUCCCAAAUAUUGUGCUAUCGAUGGCGGUGUCUUUUUUGAGGAUGGAACGCGAAGAAGAUAG